AUGGGGUCAAGGCAGCAGGAUCAGGAGGCCAGCCGGUCCAGCCUCUUGGAAAGGGCUGUGGCUCAAAGCAGGGGCCAGGGUGGGCACUUGGAGCAAGAAGGGGGCGGACGCACAGGGCCAGCAUCCUCCAGCACGGGUGGACCUGCUAGGUCCUGCAAUCACAGGCACCCCGCAGUCCUGAGCGUGCACGAACCGCACGUCCAGCUACCAGGGCCCGAGGCCCGGCGCUCGGGGGCCCGGGAGGUUCUCGGCGGGAUGCUCCGGCCUCGCCCCGCGCACUCGGGACCAGUGCAUUUCGUCCCAACCUGCCAGAUCACUGGCCCAGGAAGGCCCCUCCCCGAACGCCACCAAUUCCCGAAGGUGCCAGCAAACAACGGAGGCAGCGGUGCCCACCAUCGCAGCCCUGCCAGCACCAUCCGACCGGCAACCACCGCGUCCAGGAAGAGGCCGCGGCCACACCGGCUCCCAGAGCCGGAACGAGACGCAUUCUGGGAGGCCGCGCUGCAUGCUGGGACCUGUAGUCCACACGCCAGCCACCUCCCUUCAGGUCAAGCGUCCUCCAGUCCCAGCGUUCCCUCGCCUGGCCUGAGCCGAGCUGCCCAGGACAAGAUGCCCAACAGCCUCCCGGUACCCCAGAAGGAGCACCAGGAGCCGCCAGGUCUCGCGAGAGCCAGCCGCGUCGCCCCGCCCCCGGCGCGCGGCCGCGCAGCCACGCUGACGUUCAGCCGCGCAGGGCGGGGCUGGCGGAUCUCGAAGGCGAUUGGACCAGAAUGUCAUGUGGUUCCUAGCGCCGCCUCCGGCUGGCUGCUGUCCAUACCCGCGGUUACCCGGGCGACCGAGCGGCCGGCCCCCCGCGGAGGACGCGGGCUGCAGAUGGGAGCCCGGGGCGCGGGAGACGCGGGCGCGUCGGCGGAGGAGCCGGCACCGGAGCUCUUCCGGGACGCCGCCUUCCCGGCCUCCGACGCCUCGCUCUUCUCCGACUUCUCCACGCCGCUGGCCCAGUUCCGCGAGGACUUCACGUGGCGGCGGCCGCAGGAGCUCUGUGCCUCCCCCCGGCUCUUUGCAGACAACCCCCAGGAGGGGCAGGUGAAGCAGGGACUGCUGGGGGACUGCUGGUUCCUGUGCGCCUGUGCCGCCCUGCAGAAGAGCCGGCGCCUCCUGGAACAGGUCAUUCCCCCAGGACAGCCAUGCUGGCCGGACCCUGCAUACCGGGGCUACUUCACCUGCUGUGUGUGGCAGUUUGGACAAUGGGUAGAGGUGACCGUGGAUGACCGCCUACCUUGUCUCGCAGGGAGACUCUGCUUUUCCCGAUGCCAGAGCGACGAUGUAUUCUGGCUUCCUCUGCUGGAGAAGGUCUACGCCAAGGUCCAUGGAUCCUAUGAGCACCUGUGGGCAGGGCAGGUGGCAGAUGCCCUGGUGGACCUGACUGGAGGCCUGGCGGAACGGUGGAACCUGAAGGACUUAGUGAAGGCCAGUGACGCCCAAGACAAGCCCAGUGGUGGGGGACGCAGGACCCUGCAUCAGCUGCUUCAUGUGAAGGACAGGUGUCUGUUGAGCUGCUCGGUGCUCGGCCCCAGAGCAGGAGCCCAAGAGCUGGGGGAGUUCCACGCCUUCAUUAUUUCAGACCUCCAGGAGCUCCAGGGCCAGGCUGGCAAGGGUGUCCUGCUGCUUCGUAUCCACAACCCCUGGGGCAGACCAUGCUGGAAGGGACCCUGGAGAGAGGGGGGUGAAGGGUGGAGCCAGGUGGAGGCUGCAGAGGCCUUGGCCCUCCUGUCCCAGCUACAGGAGGGGGAGUUCUGGGUGGAGGAGGAGGAGUUCCUGCGAGAGUUUGAUGAGCUGACCCUCAGUUUUCCUGUCUCAGAGGAUGGCCAUCUGCAGAGUCUCCACUCAGGAAAGGUGCUGUGCCACACACAGUCACUGCCUGGGGCCUGGGUCCGAGGGCAGUCGGCUGGAGGGAGCCGGAACAACAGCAGCUUCCCCAGCAACCCCAAGUUCUGGCUGCGCGUCUGCGAGCCGAGCGAGGUGUGCCUGGCCAUCCUGCAGAGGCCCAGGGGGCGUGCGGUCAGCCGGACGGGAGAGAGCCGGGCUGCCUCCAGCGGCCCCGCCAGCUGCUUGGGCAAGGACCUCCAGGCCGUGGGCCUGCACGUGUGGAAGGUAGAGAAGCGGAGGGUCAACCUGCCCGCACUCCUGUCUGCGCCCCCUGCGGCUGGCACUGCCUGCCAUGCCUAUGACCGGGAGGUCCACGUGUGCUGUGAGCUCACCCCUGGCUACUACCUGGCCGUGCCCAGCACCUUCCUCAAGGACAUGGCAGGCCAGUUUCUGCUCCGCGCUUUCUCCUCAGGAAGGCUGUCCCUCAGUGCCAUCAAGCAAGCUCCCAGGAGCCCAGCCCUUGGGGACGGCGUCUCUGCAGGGGAGUGGGAGACAGUGCAGCUGCAGGGCUGCUGGCGGGCAGGGCAGACGGCAGGUGGCAGCCGGAACUUCAGCUCGUACCGCAGCAAUCCCUGCUUCCUCUUCUCCGUGCCUGCGGGCAGCAGUGCCCAAAGUGUCCGUAUCACUCUGCGCCAGCACUGCCAGGAUGGCGCCUGCCACCCGAUUGGCUUCCACGUCUUCCAGGUGCCAGAGGGCUCGGGGAGCCCAGAGGCCUCCUCCUUGCUGGACCAGGAGCCCCUGUCCAGCUGUGUGCCUCACCGCCACGCCCUGGAGGUGAGCCAGCUGUGCCGCCUGCCUGCAGGCACCUAUGGGGUCGUGCCCUCCACCUACCUGCCUGACAUAGAAGCAUCCUUCACUGUCACCAUAUCAACCAGGAUAGACAGGUGGUCCCUCCAGAGUCGGGAGAGCCUGGGACAGCCCCUUCAGGAGGCCACCUUCACUGCCGUGAUGAAGACCUGA